CGCAACAGCAUUAAAUUGAUGCUCUCCCUGGGAGGAAUAAUCUGUGAGCGACGGCUGCAAUUUUGCAACAGAAUGAAAGCGUUUUAAAACAUUGGGAACAAGUCGUCCACGGAUGGGGCUGGAUGUGCCUAUCGCCUGAGACAUCAGUUGCAAUCCGCGCCGAGACGCAGACGGGAUGGGGGAGCGGUCGGACCGAGCCCCUCUGCUGGACUGGGAGGAGGUUCAGUCCGCGGAGAAGUCCACCGGUGCAGACUCCAAGGACCGGCUGUCGAGUCCCUCCAACAGCCGUGGCCUGUCGGGCUCUUCUGCGUCGGGGCUUGGGUGGAGCGGCGGUCCGGGGGGUCCAGACGGCUGCGGCACCCCGCCCGCGACCUCCAUCACCCAGAAGGGCGCGGAUGGAACGCUGCGCCCCGACGCGUUGGUGCAUCCCCCGGAUUCAGGACCUGGGGAUAUGCCGCUGGAAGACCGGAUUGUGACAUGGGAGGAGAAGGACCAAAUCGUGUCGGUCUUUGUGGUCACGUUCAACACCAGAACAGGCAACAUGCUUGAGUGGUGCCUACCCAAAGAUAUGGACCUGGAAGGAGUGGAGUUUAAAGCCAUCGCGAGCGGCUCCCACAGAGUCACCACAGACUUUAUAUACUUCCGGAAAGGCUCCUACUUCGGCCUGGCCUGCUUCGCCAACAUGCCCGUGGAGAGCACGGCGGAGCGUGGCGCCAGGAUGAAGUCGGUGGGCAUCCUGUCGCCUUCCUAUACCUUGCUCUACCGCUACAUGAGCUUCCUGGAGCACCAAGUCAGGCUCCAGCUUCAAUUCCCCGGCCACUACUCUCCCUUGGAGGCCUUCUACGAGGACAAGAGGGCACUGCUACUCCCUAGCGGCAAUGACGUCAUUUCAGUUUGCCCUAUCAACGCCUGGGGGGCUGCCAUCAACCACAGCAUGCAUCCAGAAAUGAAGAUCACCCACCCGGCGGGCUGCAUGUCCCAGUUCAUCCGCUUCUUCGGCGAGCAUAUCAUGGUGCUGUGGAAACUGGCGCUACUCCGGCGGCGAAUCCUCAUUUUCUCCCCUCCGCCCGUGGGCGUAGUCUGCUACAGAGUGUACUGCUGCUGUUGCCUGGCAAACAUCUCCAUCCCAGGGGUGGGCGUGGCCGUGCCCGAGUUCAGACCUUUCUUCUAUGUCAACGUGGCUGACAUAAGCGCGCUAGAAAAUGAGCUCUCCUAUGUGGCAUGUACUACUGAGAAGAUCUUCGAGGAGAAGCGGGAUCUGUACGACAUCUACGUGGACAAUCAGAACGUCAAGACCUACAAAGAGGGUCUGAAGCCCCUGCUCCGCAUCAGCAACGCCGACCGGGAGAAAUAUCGCAAGCUCACCGAGCAGAGGAAGAUGCUGUUGUACUCUCAGGAGGAGAAUGGUGACUGUGUGUCCAGUGAAGAGGAUCUCUUUAUUCUGUUUUUCCUGGAGCAGAACAACAGGAUUUUCCAGACCCUGAGCGAGGUGGCGGGCAGUCCAGACCCGACGCUGACCGCCGAGAGCGUGAGGGCUAUGGGCCUGGACCCGCACGGCGACAGGCUCUUCUUGCUCCACCUGUUGGAGAUCUACGGCUUCGACACGCUGCUGGUGUCUGACCAGCUUUGCUGCAGCUGAGAACCGGAUUCCCCUCAGUUUGCGUCAUCAUAACCAGGAUAGCGUCUCAUCCAGAAAUAUCUGCGUCAUCUUUUUUUAAUUUUUUAUUUUCUAUAUAUAUUUCAACAAAUCUCAUUCUGCUGCUUCCUGGGGACUGUGUUGCAUGACCGGUAAACACAGCCUGGUAAAAUUAGCGUCCUGUAAAUACCGUUUUGUCUUUUCAUAGUCUGGGUCCGUUGCAGGCCUAAAUGAAGCAUUUAUGCACAAAUCGACACCUCUUUAUUUGAAAAAUGUGAACACUGUUGUUUAACUGAUUGUAUUUUGCUAAAGGAUGGAUCUUUUCUGCUUUUUAAGCCAGCGAUGAGACCAAAUUGAAAUCUUUUCAACGGGCUCGAGUGGCGUCCACGCGGACUUAAUUGCAUGCUGCCAGCUGAGCCUCGGCAUCCAUCGUCCAGUUGGGGUUUGAACACAAAUCAAGACAAGCACAGGCCUGACGGGAGGAAGCUAAGUCAUUUUCUGCUGCUGCAGUGGUGCCUUGACUUAAGAGUUUAAUUCAUUCCGAGACCACGCUCGCAACUCAAAUCACUCUUAUUGCAAAUCAACUUUCUCCAUUGAAAUUAAUGGAUAUGCCAUUCAUCUGUUCCAAAACUUCAUAAAAACAGUAACACAAUUUUUUUUUUUUUUUUAAUAUUGCAUUCAAUGGACAUUGUGCAGCUCCUUCUGGUCUGCAUACCCUGGCCACCAGAGGGCAGUAUACUACAUAAUACACAUAGUUUUGCAGAGACUGUCUCAACUCAGCUGCAGCAAUAGUCAUUUUUUGCAGCCUAUAAAUUAUAUAUGCGUGUGGUUACUGUUAUAUGCUCUAUAUGAGUGUGUGUUUGUUGAAAUAUCCGUUAGUUAGCCAAAUAGCAUAGUUGCCCAAGUCGUAGAAUUUGAACAUUUUUGGAAAACAAGAAAAAUAUUUAACAAACAAGAACCGUUCAGUUGCCCUGAUUUAACUUUUGUGGAUUACCAUGACCUAGGUGACUGAGAAUCUACACGUAAAGAAAAAAAAAAAAAAAAAAAAAACUAUUUUUUAGCAAGCACAUUGGUUUUUUUAAUCCAAACUGUGACCGUAAGUUACAAUAGACUUUGGCAAUUAUGUUAUAAAACUAACAAGUCAUUUAAAGGUUUAUUACUACCAGGAUAUUGAUUCUAUUUUCAUUAGCCUGUCUAUGGCGUUUUCCCAUUGUGUUUUGAUUGUACAUGAAACUAAUGGAAUUUCAUGAGGCCAAGUUAUGUCCUUUGGUUAACUAUUCAUGUUUUACAGUUAACUUCAACUGUGAAGACCUUUACCUUUUGUUGUUUGCACACUCAUGUCAAAUUUUUGCUCACAAGACAAAGCAAAAGUCGGAACUCUUACGUCAAGGUACCACUGUGUUUUCCCUGUGAAUUUAUUUUCAGUGAGGAUAUGUUUACUGGCUGUAACUUUGUGAUAACACGCGAUCAAAUGAAUGUGUUUUCUAAAGGUGAUUCCCAUCCUGUAAAGCCUCAUUGUUCACUCAACUGUACAGGGUUUGAGCAAACCUCUGAGUAGUAGAAGUAGUUGGGACAAUCUCACUCAUGUUAAAACUAUUUAUUUAUUUUACUGUAAACCAUUUCAGAAAUAAAGUGCGACACCGCUUGUGAGGAAAACACAGUUCUCCUUUUGAAUGUUGCCUACUUCUAAAUGCUAAUGAAUUCUUCCCCGCUGGAUUCGCUCGCACAGUCGUCUGAGCUCGUCGCCGCUGCUUUGAGAGCGGCCAACCAGGCC